CCUUCAAAUUGUUGAAGUUUAUUUUUAGAGAAUUUUAUUGCAUUCGCGGCAAAUGUACAGAUCUAGCUUCGUACUAGGUAGAAUUUGAGAAAGAAAUUUAAACGCUGGCGUUGGCGAGUUUACGGGGUGGCUCUGCCAUCGUGGCGAUGCCAUUUAUCGACGAUGAGUUGCUGUGGUCCCCGGACAACGAUGGACGGAUGGUGGAUCUGCAAGCAUGCCUGCAAACGGAGAGCAACCAAGCAACGGCAAGCCAAACGGCAGAGCUCGAGAGUGAGUUGAACACGCUGGAUCAGCUGGACAAUGAUUCGGACGAGCUGCUGCGACAGUUAACGGAGAACACGUUCGAGCUGGAACAGUUCUUCCAGGAUUAUCCUGCCACCGAGAUAAAAGUCGAGGAGAACAAUAACGAUCUACAGCUAGAUGAGGAAGCAAACGGACAGAUCUUCCUACAGAAUUGUAGCCAGUUCCUAACGUCGGCAGCGGCGGCCGCUCAGCUUAGCGCCCUGUCCGUCAGUGAGCCAAACGAACUCGACGGUGGCCUGCAAAGGCUUUGUGCCGGUGGUAAUGAUCAGCUCGUUGGAUCCGGUGGGCUUACCACGCAACAGCUACAGGAGCAGCUACUCAUUGCUCAAGCGCAAGGCCUGUUGCAGCAGAAUCGUUUCAAUAAUUCACUGCUCGCCGAAAAGUUGCUGCAGAACCACCAUCAACAGCAACAUCUCCAUCAUGCACACACAACAUCACAAAAUGGCGUUACCAAUCUGGAUGCACUCGGUGUGCCUUCCAGUAGCAACAGUAGCAGUAGCAACAACAAUAAUGGCAACAAUCAUCAUAAUGGGAAUAGCAGCAACGGUAGCAGUAGCAGUCACGGCGGAAGGGCAAACAAACCGCCCGAUAUCGUCAUAAAAGGUAUGUUCAACGGUUUCCUUCUGUCGGAAAAACGGAUAUUCCCUGCAGACAAGUAUGAUUUGGUAACCAACAGUCAGACCAAACAGACAGCCCAUAUACACACAACGAUUGUGACGAUGAUUAAUCCGCUACCUCAUGUGUGCAAAUCUGUCGUACGCAAGUCUGCCGAGAGUUGA